AUGAAAUACCUAUUGAAAGUGCACAGGUUUAAUUAUGAAAAGAUCCUGUGGUCUUUGCCUACAUUUUAUGAAAAGAACAUAGCCUUUAUGAGAAAGAAAGACACAGGACACACCUAUGAAAGGCCUUUCAUAAAACUUGUGGACUUAUACACACAGCUCUACAGGCAAGUGCCUUGGUUUUAUGAUAAAAGUGGUAGCCACCAGGUCACCUCCACGAAGUACUCGCGCUGCAGGUCUGAAUGUGUCGUGGGCGGUCUGGUUUGA